AUGGUUCUGGAGGAAGUGGACCCGGAUUGGGAGGAGAAGGAGAACAAAGUGGCUCAGGGAGCGGCCCUGCUCCAAGCCUUACCCUCACUCAUACCCCAGGUUCUGGAAAUGCAACAGGAAGCAGAAGAUGCAGAGACACAGACAGAGAGAUGGACUCCCCUCAUAGAGAGCAUAAAGAAAGAGGCAGAGGAGGCUGCUAUGGCGAAAGUGGAGGAGAAGCUGCAGCAGCAGUUAAAAGAAGCAAGGAUGGCUGAGGAGGUGGCCAGGCAGGCGGCUGAGAUGGCAGUUAGACAACUAGAGGAGGAACAGGCUGCCAGUGCCCAGAGGGCCACAGACUCGCAGCAAGAGGCUGAUGCAGAGCAACUGCCCAAUAUCCAGGAGGAAGAGAACGAGGAAGACCCCGAGUGCCUGAUGGAUGUGUGUCCAGCCGAGGGGUUGCCCGAGGUUGAGGCCUCCCCUGAACCAGAACCAGAGUCGCAAAAUAAACAGUCUCCCCCAGCGACAGAGGCCCCGGCAGUGACCGAACAGCCAGAACCAGCCGACCAGAAGGCUCCACCUACUGCCGCAACUCCGGAAGAGGAAGGUGCCGACGAAGCAGGGUGUGAAGUGCCCUCCAAUUGCUCUCCAAUCAGGAGCCUGCUCGUGCAUAUCCCCCACGCCUGCCAGUGCCUUGACAAUCUCACCAAGUUGCUACGCGACAACAACCUGACCCUUCCUAAACUGUCCACGCUCGCCCUGCCAGAAGAGCUAGCCUUGCUAAAACAUGAGAUGUCCGAGCUACCCAAGCAGGCGCGACAGUACUGCCAAAUGAUCCUCAAUCGCCUCAACGGACUUAACCCAAACGCAGUGUCCCAAACCCAACCCCAGGAAGAUGUCUCCAAGGAACUCUUCAAAGUAGCCACCCACUGCCUCGAUGACAGCCCCGGACACCCUUGGCACUCUCCCAACCAGCCUCGUGGGGAAGUCACCUGGAGCGUUGGUAAGGACAGAGGAGGGAAUGUGCUGCCAGCGGAGGAUGUGGACAGAGACGUAGGGAUGGGAGGGGGUCUCAACAUCCCCCAGAUCAUCACCUCCCAGGACCCCCUGUCCAUCUCUCUGACCGUGUCUCUCGCCCCCGUGACCAAGCACAGUGGCUCGCUCCUCCCGGUGGAAGAGAGAAGUGCUGAAGAUGAUGAUGUUUUUGGUGUUGAUGACUUAGAGAUGCAGACCGGUCUCCUGACUGUGGAAGAUGAGGAUCGUCCAGCAUCAGCGGCCAGCUAUGGCAGUGUGAUUGUCCAUGAGAGAGUGACUACACUGGUCAAGCUGUUUAAGGCGAGGACGGUCCGCAAGAAGGAAAAACUGAUGGACCCUGACGACUCUGAGGAAGACAGCCCUCAAACCACCCCAGCCAAGGCGCCCCCUCCCCCUCCUCCCCCAGAAGAGGACAAGGACAUCUCAGCCCCGGUGGAGGAGGAAGAGGUGGAGGAGUACUGGGACUUCUAUGGAUACCCGAUCAAAAUCUUCAAACUUCCCAAAAUGCCCCCACUUCCUAGUUGGCUUCAAACCAUAGUGGACUUUCGUUUCCCUUCCAGCAUCGACCCUUAUACUGACCUGGUCUACGUGGUGUGGCUGUUCUUUGUGAUGAUGGCGUGGAACUGGAACGUGUGGCUGAUCCCGGUGCGCUGGGCCUUCCCCUACCAGACUGCAGACAACAUCUACUGGUGGCUGUUUAUGGACUACACCUGUGACCUUAUUUACAUCACCGACAUCCUGGUCUUUCAGCCCCGCCUGGAGUUUGUACGCGGAGGAGAUAUUGUGUGUGACAAAAAGGACAUGAGAGACAACUACAUGACAACAGAACGAUUCAAGAUGGAUUGUAUCAGUAUGUUCCCCAUGGAGAUAUUUUACUACUUUACUGGAGUUAACUCCCUCCUCAGAUUCCCCCGCCUACUGAAGUACAUGGCUUUCUUUGAGUUCAACGACCGUUUGGAAGCAGUAAUGAAGAAAGCCUACAUCUACAGAGUGAUCCUGACCACCUCCUACCUGUUGUAUUCUCUCCACAUCAACGCCUGUCUGUUCUAUUGGGGUUCUGACUACGAGGGGCUCGGGUCCACUAAGUGGGUCUACAACGGCAAAGGGAACAGUUAUAUCCGGUGUUACUACUUUGCUGUGAAGACCCUGAUCACCAUCGGUGGUCUCCCGGACCCAACCACCGUGUUCGAGAUCACAUUCCAGCUAGUCAACUAUUUUGUUGGCGUCUUUGCUUUCUCCAUCAUGAUUGGUCAGAUGAGAGAUGUGGUGGGGGCUGCCACAGCGGGACAGAACUACUACCGGGCCUGUAUGGACAACACCAUCAAGUACAUGACCUCCUACCACAUCCCCACAGAGGUCCAGAACCGAGUCAAGACCUGGUACGACUACACCUGGCAAAUACAGGGCAUGCUGGAUGAGCAGGAGCUGUUGAUCCAGCUGCCAGAUAAGAUGAGGAUGGACAUGGCUGUGGAUGUUAACUACUCCAUUGUGAGUAAAGUGGCCCUGUUCCAGGGCUGUGACAGACAGAUGAUCUUUGACAUGUUGAUGAGGCUCAAGUCUGUGGUCUACCUGCCUGGGGACUUUGUCUGUAAAAAGGGUGAGAUCGGCAGGGAGAUGUAUAUCAUCAAGCAGGGGGAGGUUCAGGUGGUGGGAGGACCUGAUUUGAAGACUGUGUUUGUGACAAUCAGGGCCGGCUCUGUGUUUGGAGAAAUCAGCUUGCUGGCAGGGGGCGGAGGGAACAGACGCACGGCCAAUGUGAUGGCUCACGGAUUCGCUAACCUCUUCAUCCUGGAUAAGAGGGACCUCUCAGACAUCCUGGUGCACUACCCCGAGUCCCAGAAACUCCUCCGCAAGAAGGCCAAGAAAAUGCUGACAAAGGAUAAGAAGCCAGAGGAAAAGGCAGAGGCGAAGGAGACUGCCGAGGUGAUCCCAGACAGGCCAGAGACCCCCAAGCUGUUCAAAGCAGCCCUGGUGGUUACAGAGCAGGCAGGCAUUAAGGGCACCUUCGCCAAGCUGAAAGAGGGCUACAAACCUGCCGAGACUGGGUCCUCUGGACUCCCCAUACCUCCCCCCUCCCUGAUGGUGCACCGUCGCUCCCCCAUCCCCCCUACAGAUGCCAGGGUCGAGGACGACGAAGAUGCGGUUUCCGAGACGACCGACAGCAUGAUGCUCAUCCGCAUGACCCGCCGUCACAAAGGCGAGGAGCUCCUGUCCGUCGAGCAGAAGCAGCCUGGAGAUGAAGAGGAGGAGAUGGAGAAGAAGUAGGAGACAGAGAAGGAAAUUGACAGAAAGAGAAGAGGAAGAAAUGUUGUGAUCCCCACUACUCUUCUAUACUCUUCUGUGUGUAUAUUGACUGAGAUUUCGGACCGAAAUGGUAAAAAAAUAAAACAUUAUUUCUCUAUUGCCACGUUCACUUCAUGUCAGAAACUCUGGAUCUCCGAGUCAAUACGAACGUAAGUUAUUUGCGUAGAGCUUCCUAUUGGUAGAUACUGAUACUUCCCAAGUGGGAAACUCAGGUAUCAUCUUUCUAUAAGGAGUAAGCAAGUCCGAAAUGUCUAAGUUUCUGACAUGACGUGAACACGGCAUAUGUCCCCUUCGGGAAGUUCACUUUACAGAGUUAUCCUUUCAUAUUCUGGGAUAUUCUGUGUGCCCCUUCUGUUCCCUCACUCUCUCGUGGUCUCACUGAUGUUGUGUGUGUUAAAUGCGUUUUAGUACCUUAAAGCGGCAAUUAGCAGUUGAAACAAUAAUGAGUACUUCCCGUCCCUUUUUCGGUAAAAAGCUGAGGGAUGGGGCUGGAGAAAUGAAACCGCUGUCAAAUUCAUAGACAGAGCUAUGGAUGGAAGGAUUAACCGUCAAUAACAUCAAAAUGUAGUGUUAUACAUGUUUUGUGGCUAAAUUGUGUUUGUUUACAUUUGCUUUGUUUACAAACGUUGAAGUAAAACAAGCUUAUAUUUUGGGUUCUGAUGGAGUGUGACAGUUGAACUAAACUCAUGAGACAUUUAUAAGUUAUAUUCUUCAAGAAUGAAUGGGUACAUAUCAUUAAUUUAUAUGUACAAGAAAAUGUAUGUAGCAACUGCAGAUUUCCCCUUUAAUCCUUAUUGAUGCUUCAUAAUCCUAUAUAGCCUUUACUUGUUAUAAAACUCCAUUGCCCAGGGGGCUUAGCUCCGGGUCUGCUACUGCUUCCUGCUUCUAAGUACUGCCACUCUCCCCAAGUACCUGUGACAGAGGCAAUAUGGCCUUAACCAAAACCUAGACGUUGCUGGUUUCUAUAUUUUAGCCAUUUAGCCAUUCCUUUUUAAAAGAGAGGCCAUUUUCUUUUGUAGUCUGUGUCACAAGAGUGACCACUAGUCUACAACUAUGUUUAGCAUUUAAUCUUUGGGAAAACAUCUGUGUUUCUCUUAUCUGAGGAAUAUGGGAAAACUUUUUUUUUUUUCUUAUUUGAACUCUAAGAGUGAGUGGUCCUGUGUUGGUUUUCUUUGGUGCCGUGAUGCGUCACACUAGUCGAAAUCUGAUUGGCUGAUUCAGGGUCAUGCCACGUGUCCUCCUGUCUGACACAGCAGGAGCACAAAUGGGUUUCAAUGAUUUUACUGAGUUACUGAGUUGUGGUCAGAGAGCGUGUGUGUGUGUGUGUGUGUGUGUGUGUGUGUGUGUGUGUGUGUGUGUGUGUGUGUGUGUGUGUGUGUGUGUGUGUGUGUGUGUGUGUGUGUGUGUGUGUGUGUGUGUGUGUGUGUGUGUGAAAUGUGGAAAUGAGUUUGUAUGAGCAGGAAGAGGUGCAGAAAGCCAGAGGAAGUGUUCAUUGUGUCCGUCUCAACCAAACGGGAAAAGGCCGAAUAAAAAGGCGGGAAUAAAACAAUGCUGAGCAAGCCUCAGAACUAACCUCUGUCCAAUGCUGUGCUUACAUCUCAGGGUGUGAUGAAGUGUGUGCUUACUUGUGGUCGGAGUCACAUUUGAACUGACGUUACAGUUAAAACUCUCCAACCCCUUCCCAUAUCUAGCAGUGACCUUAAGUCAUAGACACGUAGUGGGUUGUCAUAGUGGGUUGUUUUUACACACUAUAGCAUACUUCAGCCAAAAGAAGAUGACUAGGUGCUAUUAGAAGAUGCAGGACUAGAUUCAAUCCAUAUCGCAGAAGUAGGAUAUUGAGUAAGAUCUGCAUUAUUUGUUUCCGCAUUCGCAGAUACUAGAUUCAUGGUAAAACUAUGCACAUGACGGCUCAAUCGUAAAUGACUUUUACAUUUUAACGUGGAUCUUCCUAGCUACUUCCGUGGUACGGAUCGAAUCAAGCCCUUAAGCGUAAUGCUCAGGGAUUAUGCCCAUGUUUCAUGUUUUUAUCGGACUGUUUUUAACAUGGAUAUAUAUAUCAGUCGACUGGACGUGCUUUUUUGGGUCAUUUUCAACUGAGAAAGGAUCGUUUUGAACCAUUUUGGAAAUGAAAGCUUGUGAAUCCAAAGUCAAGCAUUUUUUUAUAUUUUUUGUUGUUUAGUGUUUAAAAAAUAUCUUUGGAACCAACAGCUGAAUAAAACCGGCUAUGUAAACUCCCUUGUUGGAUUCAGAUAGAUUUUUGAUCAUGAAGAAGAAUGUUUUAUAGAUGACAAUUUGCCUAGUAUUGUAGUAGGUAUGGUGAAUGCAUAUGUAAGCAGCUUGUAAACAAUAACAAAUAUUGCGCUUACUGAAGAUUGUGUAACGUGAGAG